AUGGAAGCCAUUUGGCGCUUUCACCACGAGACCUGGGAUGAACCCUGGUCAACCAACGAUUUUCCGGCGGGUGAAAKCCAGGAGGAUACCGAGCAAAGACUUCGCCGUUUGACAUCGAAGGCGUGGUGGGGAAACACGAAAAAUGAAAUUGUGAAUUUUCUGCAUGACGAAUUUCCUUCCCAAUGGCCAUGGGGAUUUACAAUCUACCGCACCGUUUAUACAUCGGAAUCCGACCAGUAUUGGGAUACUGUUCUCGAAGCAAUAUCAAAAAAUGUCAUGGAAGGCUUAGGCGAGGAAAGCUUAGACGAGGAUGAACCUUCCCGAAUCUUUCAGGAGGGAUACCAGCCCCUAAUUUUUGAUGACCCGGCUCAGUUCAACGAAGCAACGCUGGACAAGAUCCGUGACCAUUUCAGGGAAGUCCAAGAGAGCGAUAACGGAAAUUACGGAGUUCGAUUUCGAUGGUGUUUGGUUAUCGAUGACGGCGCUUUGCAAUCUUUCCUCCGCCACUCUGAGCCAAAGAGCGGCCAGGAAGGCGGCUGGGUCACGGUUGUGGACCCAGAUUACCAAGGAGGCAGCAGUUACAACACGCGAUACUACCCAGGAUACUUCCGCUUAUACCUGGAACACCUCUGGAGCUUGACUCGUAUUGGAAGAGCCCUCGAGCUGGAUGAUCUCUGUGGAAGAAUGGAUGGACCUGAUGACAUUCCUUGGUUUGAUACUGGUAUGUGA